GGUGUCCAGAAAUAAAAGUUCUUUUUUUAUUUGAAAUGUGUUUUUGUGGUGGUUUGUGGACCUCUGUGGGUGAAAAUUAAGAAAAAUGACAAUGUUGAGCCAACUCGGCAGAUGGCUCAUAUUUAUCCGAAUCACACUUCUCGUUAUCUUGGAAACCGUAGAAGGCCAACUCAACAUCUAUGAAGAAGAAGUGAGCGCUCCUUGUGCCAACUUUAAGAUAGGAGACGAUGAUUUACAAGCUUUUGAUUUUAUAAGACUGUAUCGAUUGGAUAUCGUCGAAACUACACACCCAGGAAUCAGUAAAGUGAGAGGUUCCAGUCGCCUACAGACUGCCUAUAGAUUAGAUAAAGACGCCGAUUUAACCCUUCCCACAAGAGAUAUUUUCCCCCAAGGUUUACCCGAGCAGUUCUCAUUUAUUUCCACAUUCCGCGCCCGCCGUGUCCCCAAAACCGCCUGGCACAUCAUUCGGAUCACGGACUUGGAAUCUAAACCUCAAUUCAUCAUUUCCUUGAAUCCCAGAAAUGGCACAAUUGAAUUUUCCAUCUCAAACUAUGAAGGAGAGCUCCAAACAAUCGUUUUCAACAGCACCAAUAUUUUUGACAAGAAUUGGCACAAAAUCCACUUCGGGGUGUCCCGAGAGAGGGUCAUUUUGUAUCUGGAUUGUGAGGAGAACGCACGCGAGUUGCUGGAGCUCAGAGGACCCAUCGACAUUAACGGGGAGAUUUCAGUCGCGAAAUUGGCCAAUUCCAGACAAACUGUCCCGAUUGAUCUACAAUGGAUGGUGAUGAGCUGCGACCCCACCAAACCCGAACGCGAAACCUGCGAGGAAAUCCCGGAAAUAAGACCCGUGCAGCCACCUUUACGACAAGGCGCGGGCCCCGAAUCCUGCGCCGUGAUCUGUCCCCAGGGACCUCCCGGCUACAACGGCACAGACGGCGCCCCUGGAUUACCCGGAGAAGCCGGCCAGCCUGGACCACCAGGUCGACGAGGAGCUCAGGGUCCCCGAGGCGAGAGAGGAGAGUUCGGAAGACCUGGAUAUCCCGGCUCACCCGGCUUACAAGGUCUUCCCGGUAUCAAAGGGGUACGAGGCCCUCAAGGAACACCGGGUUCAUCCGGUAAAGACGGCUUAUCUGGUGCAAAGGGAGAAAAAGGGGACGAUGGCAACCCUGGUCCUAGAGGAGAAAGAGGAACAGAUGGUAGCCCUGGUUUACCAGGAGUGCAAGGACUACCGGGUCCGCAGGGACCUCCGGGACCCAUUAGUACCACCAACAAUGGCCAGGUCAUUCAAGGACCCAUUGGACCUCAAGGACCUCCAGGACUUCCUGGCCCUGAAGGUCCCCGUGGAAAUAGAGGCGCCAGAGGUGAACGUGGCUUCCCAGGUGUAGAUGGAGUUCCCGGAUUGUCAGGACGUGAUGGAGAAAAAGGGGAACCGGGUGUACCAGGAGAGCGUGGUUUACCUGGAGUUGCAGGACCACCAGGUGCCCCCGGACUUCAAAUUGGACAACAAACAGCAACCACAGUGCCGGUAGUUCCGGGACCACGCGGCGAACCGGGAUUUCCUGGAGUUUCAGGUAUGAAGGGCAACAAAGGAGAACGAGGUGAAAAAGGCGAACCGGGAGCAAAGGGAGAGCAAGGUGAACGAGGUUUCACUGGACUUUCUGGAUUGGAUGGUCUUCCUGGUACUGCCGGUAGAGUAGGACUUCCAGGAUCAGCGGGUCCUAAAGGCGAGCCUGGUUUCGUUGGACCACCAGGGUCACAAGGCCCUAUAGGUCCAGCGGGAUUACCGGGGUCGCAGGGCCUGCCUGGUCCUCCAGGUCCCUCAGGUGAAAAAGGCGAAAGUGGCUCGCAAGGACCGCCAGGUCCACCGGGAAUAGUAUCUUCGUCGGGAGACAAAUCCUUCCCUGGCGCUCCCGGAGAACCAGGAAUUCCAGGCUCAGAUGGAGAAAAAGGAGAACGAGGUUUCCCCGGUCUUCCCGGCCCACCGGGCCUCGUCGGUUUACAAGGACCUCAAGGUCCUGAAGGACUCUCUGGUAAAGACGGCGAACAGGGUCCACCUGGAAUCCAAGGACCCUCUGGCCCGUCAGGUCCUGAAGGCAGGCCUGGCCAACCUGGUCGUCCCGGUCCACCCGGAUUGGCCGGACUCUCAGGAGACAAAGGUGACCACGGUGAACGGGGCGAGCAAGGACCCGUAGGACCUCGAGGAUUACCCGGCUCUCUGGGUCCUACAGGUUUACCUGGAAGUCCUGGUACAAGUGGUUUGCCUGGAGUACAAGGGCGGCCGGGACCACCUGGACCCCCAGGCGCUCCAGGACCACCAGGGGAAGGCGGCACGGUAGGCCAGCUGAUUGUGGAUAGUGCGGGAGCACCGGGAGCGCAUGGACCAAGGGGACAUCAGGGACCUCCAGGACUGCCAGGAGAGAGAGGCGCGUCUGGUGACAGAGGUCCAGAGGGACAACCAGGCUUUCCAGGAAUACCGGGGAAGGAAGGUCCUCCGGGGCUACCUGGGCCGCCGGGACAACGGGGACAGCCGGGACUACCAGGCACGCAGGGAUUGCCGGGUAAAAGCUUCACCGAGGCGGAAGUCCGAGACAUCUGCGCAGCAGUCUUACGAGACCAGCUAGCUGAAUUGACAGCGACUCUCACAGGACCGCCUGGGCCUCCAGGUCACUCCCGACCUGGUCGUCCGGGUCCCCCAGGUGUCCAAGGUCCUCCAGGUGACACCGGCCCGCCGGGUUUGCCUGGUGAGAGGGGCUUCACGGGACUGCCGGGAACAGCGGGUCCUCCGGGUUCGAUAGGACUGACGGGCGAACGAGGCGAGAAAGGAGACAGAGGUGUGGAAGGCGUGGGGAUUGAGGGACCAAUGGGACCUAGAGGUUUACCAGGACCUCCAGGACCUCCGGGAGUUGGAAUCGUGGGUAGAGCAGGCGACAGAGGCGAGACAGGACGACCAGGACCUCCAGGACUAAGAGGAACACCGGGACCUCAAGGGGCCCCCGGAUUUUGCGAAUUUUGUAACAAUGCUCAGAAUUAUCAGUACUAUGUGGCGGCGAGAUCAGGCGGAACGGAUAAAGGGCCGUAACGAUUUUAUUUUUAUCCGAUUGUGUUCAAGGUGCUAAUAUUUUUAAAUACAUAUUCUCACAUUUAAUGAAGUGUUCCUAAUUUCUUAUAUUAUUAGUACUUAAUGACGUAGAAAAACAGAAAAUGUGUACAUAUUUUCCACUGCCGAACUAAUAAAUAUAUAAAAUAAUCGUG